GCACGUGUCGGCAGCAGCAGCAGCUGAUCACCAGUUUGUUUACAUCCCCGGCGGCGGCAGGGCGCGAGGCACGGCACCUUCAUCCCCUUUGCUUCCUCCCCGCGUGGCGUGGGGCGCACACUAGGCCGGGAUGCCGUUCAUGAAGGGCCGAGCGCCCAUCAGGCGGACGCUACAGUACCUCCAGAACUCCAACCUGGUGCUCAAGGAGAGGGUCAAGAUCUUCACGGUGAACUACAACGUCAACAGCAAGCACCACGAGGGGGCGAGGGACUUUGUGUUCUGGCACCUGGCGCAGCUACAGUACAACAACCCACAAGUGCAGGUCAACACUUUCAAGAACCUCACACCGACCCCAUUCAUUCGUGUCUUCUUUGAGAACGGGGAGGACGCCCUGGUCGACUGUGACUCCCGGCCGCUGAAGGAGAUCCACAGCCACGUCAAGAAGGUGUUCUGCAAGACGGACAAGAAGCUGGCGGAGGAGGCGAGGGAGGCGCAGAGCAACCCGGCCAACUUUGGGUGGGGGUGCGAGCGGCAGUGUAUCUGUGAGAUGCCCGGACAGGUGCCAUGCCCGGGCGUGGUGCCGCUGCCCAAGCCUAUGCGAGGGAAGUACAAGUUUGGGUUUGCGGUGGAGUGAGUGAGUGUGGUGGCGGGUUGAGGAACGGUUGGACAUGGGAUGGAAUAGAACGAGGCUUUUCUUGUGUUAAUAGAGCGAAGAUGAGUUCCUGGGGCCAGCAUGAGCCAAGCAAGAUGGCGCCACUAUAAACACUUGCCUGCACUACUAACAGGCUGGGGUUGACAAUCAGGCCCCAUCAAGAAAGCUUAUCGGUGCUACAGGCUGAACGUAAAGAAGUAAAUAAUAAUAAAAAAAUGAAUACGUUGUCAGUUCUUUUUUUUUAAUUGCCUAGGUAAUAAAUGCUGGAUACUAAGGACUUUUUCCACCCUUAGGCAGACAGACAAAAAAUAAAUAAAUAAAUAAAUAAAAAUACGAAAGGAUCUGUCUGUCUGUGAACCAACUUGUGACUUUGUUAUUGUUUUUGAAUGGGUAUAUGCAGAGAAUAAACAAAUUACCUGUCUUAAAACAACAUGUGUGAAGUGAGUGUGUGUACCUAAUGUAAAUAGACGAUAUAAUUUUAAUUUACUUACCUCGGACUCCUUGAGGGAAAUCUAUAGAAAUAAUAAAGAACGGUUUGUUACA